AUGGCAGCACCUGAACUGUACUCCAAGGGUGCCCGUGUCUGGCUGCCUGAUGCUGCAGAAGUGUGGAAGUCGGCGGAGGUUCUGAAGGACUACACCCCUGGCGACAAAACACUCUCCCUGCAGCUGGAAGAUGGCACAUUGUUGGAGCAGAAACUUGAGCCAGGAGGGGGGGAUUUGCCGCAUCUCCGAAAUCCCAACAUCCUGGUGGGAGAAAACGACCUGACCUCUCUGAGCUACCUCCAUGAGCCGGCCGUCCUCCACAAUCUGAAAGUGCGCUUUAUGGACUCCAAGACAAUCUACACGUACUGCGGUAUUGUUCUGGUUGCAAUCAAUCCCUACGAGAGUGUCCCCAUCUAUGAAGCUGACAUCAUUCAUGCAUACAGUGGACAGAACAUGGGGGACAUGGACCCUCACAUCUUUGCAGUAGCAGAGGAGGCAUACAAGCAAAUGGCCAGAGAUGAAAGGAACCAGUCCAUCAUAGUAAGCGGGGAGUCUGGAGCAGGAAAAACCGUCUCUGCUAAAUAUGCUAUGCGCUACUUUGCCACAGUCAGCUCCUCGUCCGGAGAAGCAACAGUUGAGGAAAGAGUCCUGGCAUCCAACCCCAUCAUGGAGGCCUUUGGAAAUGCCAAGACAACAAGGAACGACAACAGCAGUCGUUUUGGAAAGUAUAUAGAGAUCGGAUUUGACAAAAAGCAUUGUAUAACAGGAGCCAACAUGAGAACCUAUUUAUUGGAAAAGUCUAGAGUUGUGUUUCAGGCUCAAGAAGAAAGAAACUACCAUAUAUUCUAUCAAUUGUGUGCUUCGUCACAUUUACCAGAAUACAAAAACUUCAAAUUAGGUGAUGCUGAUGACUUCCAUUAUACCAACCAAGGUCAAAAUCCAGUUAUCGAGGGAGUGAAUGACGCCAAGGAGAUGAUCAACACUAGGAAAGCUUUCUUGUUGCUGGGGAUUGAUGUACCACACCAAAUGGCCAUAUACCAAAUUCUAGCAGCACUUCUUCAUCUCAGUAAUGUUGAAAUAAAGGAAGAAUCCAGAGACAGAAGUUCCGUCGUGUCAAAUAACGGCCAUCUGAAUGUGUUUUCUGAGCUGCUGGGGGUGUCGUGUGAAGAGAUGACCCACUGGUUGUGCCACAGAAAACUCAAAACAACGACCGAAACCUUCGUCAAAUCUCUUUCUAAGGUUAAUGCAACGACUGGUCGCGAUGCUCUGGCCAAACAUAUCUACGCCAGACUCUUCAGCUGGAUUGUGGACAAUGUGAACAACACGCUGAGAUCAACUUCUAAACAGCACUCCUUCAUUGGAGUAUUGGAUAUCUAUGGAUUUGAAACGUUUGAGAUCAACAGCUUCGAGCAGUUCUGCAUUAACUAUGCAAAUGAAAAACUUCAGCAUCAGUUUAACUUGCACGUCUUCAAACUGGAGCAGGAGGAGUACAUGAGAGAGGAGAUCCCAUGGACUCUCAUCGACUUCUACGACAACCAGCCUUGUAUAAACCUGAUCGAAGCCAAACUCGGCAUCCUGGACCUUUUGGAUGAAGAGUGCAGAAUGCCAAAAGGUUCUGAUGAUACAUGGGCCCAGAAAAUGUACAACACUUUCCAAAAGAAAAACUUGCACUUUGAGAAACCUCGAUUGUCCAACACGGCCUUUAUUAUUCACCAUUUUGCAGACAAGGUGGAAUACCAGUGUUUUGGAUUCCUAGAGAAAAACAAGGACACUGUAAAUGAGGAGCAGAUCAACGUCCUCUCAAAGAGUCAGUUUGGAAUGUUGCUGAAACUAUGCGAGUAUGAUGAGAAAGCCGCAGGCACAUCCAAGAAGCAAACUCGACCGAGUCAGAAAGAGACUAAAAAAACAGUUGGGCUGCAGUUUCGUCAGUCUCUGCAUUUAUUGAUGGAAACAUUAAAUCACACCACUCCUCAUUAUGUCCGAUGCAUCAAACCAAACGAUCUCAAAGCUCCUUUUAAACUGGACCCCUCUAGAGCCGUUCAGCAGCUUCGAGCUUGUGGCAUCCUGGAAACCGUCCGCAUCUCGGCUGCAGGAUUUCCAUCAAGGUGGACUUAUCAAGAAUUCUUUGUUCGAUACCGGGUCCUGUUGAAACGGAAGGAUAUCCUGGCUGACUGGAAACAGACUUGUAAAAAUCUAUUAGAGAAAUGUAUUCAGGAUAAGAAUAAAUAUCAGUUUGGCAAAAAUAAAAUAUUCUUCAGAGCUGGCCAAGUUGCAUUCCUUGAAAAGCUUCGCUCUGAUAAACUCCGGCUGGCCUGUGUGCGCAUCCAGAAGACUAUUCGCUGUUGGCUCGCUCGCAAGAAGUACCUGCGGAUGAGACAGGCUGCUGUUCUCAUUCAGAAACAUGUCCGGGCGUCUCAAGCUCGCCGUUACGUCAUGUUCCUUCGACAAACUCGGGCCGCUUUGGUUAUUCAGCGAAGUGUGAGAAUGUGGCGGCAGCGGAGGAGGUACAGGCAGAUGCGCGCCGCUGCUCUCACCAUCCAGUGCUUCCUCAGAGCAUACAUGGCCCGAAUGCAGUACUACAAACUGAUCUAUGAGCGCACAGCGGUGACCAUACAGAGAUGGGUGAAGGGCUGGCUGGUGAGGAGACAAUAUAAACGCACCGUGGCAACAGUGGUCCUUCUUCAGAGCUGUGUGCGCCGCAUGAAAGCCAAGAGAGAACUGAAGAAGUUGAAAGCAGAGGCUCGUUCUGUGGAGCACUUUAAGACCCUGAACGUGGGUAUGGAGAACAAAAUAAUGCAACUCCAGCACAAGAUCAAUGAACAGCAAAGAGAGAACAGAGAGCUCAGUGAGAGGCUGUCUGCAGCAGUGAAAAGCCAAGCUUUGGAAAAGGAAAAACAAAACAAGGAUCUAAACAAUCUGCGGCGGUCAGAGGAGGAGGUUCGGGCUAAAGCUGAAGCUGUCCCAUCUCUGUUGGAGCAACUUUCUUUCCUUCACAGCGAGCUGGAAAACACAAAAAGAGAGAAGGAGCUGAUAGAAGAACAAUCAAAACUGUAUGUGGACAGAACUCAAAAGGUGGUUGAGGAUCUGAAUCUGAAAAACAAUGAAUUAACUAAAGAGAAUUCUGACAUGCAGACACUAAUCUUAGAACAAGCCCAGAAGUUAGCAGAGGUAAAUGCCAAUUUCGGAGACAAAAAACUUUUAGAGAUGGACUUGAAUGAGGAGCGCUCCCGUUACCAGAAUCUUCUGUCCGAACACUUGGAGCUGGAGGAGCGGCACCGGGAUCUGAAAGAGGAGCUCAGCAACGUGAGUCUGACAAAACGGACCCACAAAAGAAGUGACUCUUAUUAUAGCAGUAAUUCUUCAGAGUUUAGUCAAAGUUUGGGUUCCACUGAUGCUGAGGACAACGGCAGCCAAACGGAGAGUGAAUCAACAGUCGACCUGCCACUUAUGCUCAAACUGCAAAGAAGAGUAAAAGAACUGGAGCUUGAGAAACAAUCGCUUUCACACCAACUAGAAAACAGGGAGGAAACGGUGCUACUGGUGGAGGAGGAGAGAACAGCAGGCAGGACAGAGCUGGAUUUGGAAGCCUUAAAGAGGCAGGAACUUGAAUAUGAAAACAAGAGGCUGAAAGAGGAUUUGAAUGAGCUGCGUAAAUCUCUCACUGGUGAAGAUGAAGACUUGGUCCCCCCGGCCCCAGGAACCAAACCGUACAGUGUUCUAUUGGAUCAGCUCACGUCGUCCACCGAGGAGCUGGAGAUGAGGAAAGAGGAGGUGAUGCUUCUCAGAUCACAUAUGGUUCGCCAAGAGGCCCUCAAACACAAGAGUUCUGACCUGGGUGAAAGUGUUAAACUAAAUCUGACGGAGAUGCCUUCCCUUCAAAAUACUGGCAGCAGAUCAAAGAAUAUCCAUACACUAAAUGAAGAUGGAGAACUAUGGUUGGCCUACGAAGGGUUAAAGGAAGCCAACAGGGUUCUGGAGUUCCAAAUGCGUGAGCAGGACCGCACUCACGGUGAAGAGUGCAAACGGCUCAGAGACGAGCUGAGAAAACUGAAGGAGGACCGGGCCGAGCAGCAAAACUUUUUGGCCCGAAGCCUCCAGCUCCCUGAGGCGGCGCGGAUCGAUGCAGGACUCAAGCAUGAAAUCACACAUCUUACCAAUGAGAAUCUGGAACUUAUGGAGGAACAAGAAAGGCAGGAAAGAAUGAUUCGCAAAUUAAGAAAGCAUCUUAAACUAUGUAUGAGAAAGAUUGAAGAAUACGAAGCAAAUGCUCAACUAAAGGAGAGGGCUUCCACCAUAACUCCUCCAGCAAUAAACGCAAACGUCACCCGCAAGGAGAAAGAAUACCAGGGCAUGUUGAAGUACAAGCAGGGGGAUGAGACGCGGCUGCUCAAGAAUUUGGUCACAGACCUAAAGCCUCGAGGUGUCGCGGUCAGUUUUAUUCCUGGACUUCCUGCCUAUAUUAUUUUCAUGUGCCUUCGAUACGCCGAUUAUGUCAACAAUGAUCAAAGGGUCACUGCACUACUCAAUAAUACAAUUGGCAGCAUCAAAGGAGUUAUUAAGAAAAGAGGAAGCGACUUUGAAAUAGUCUCUUUCUGGCUGUCCAACACUUGUCGAUUAUUGCAUUGUCUUAAGCAAUACAGCGGAGAAACGAUUUACACAGCGCAAAACACACCCAAGCAGAAUGACCACUGCCUGAGUAACUUCGAGCUGUCCGAGUACCAGCAGGUCUUUGAGGACCUCGCUAUCCAGAUAUAUCGCCAGUUCAUCAAGUGCAUGGAGGACAUAAUGCAGCCUCUUAUUGUGUCGAGUAUGCUGGAGCAUGAGAACAUCCAAGGGGUGCUCGGAUCCAAACCAACCGGCCAUAGAAAGAAAAGCUGUAGUUUUCCCGAAGAUGGGACCACGUCAAUCGAAGCACUGCUACAGCGACUCAGCAGUUUGUUCUCCAGCAUGAAUCAGCAUGGCAUGGACCCACCCCUCAUCAAACAGGUGGUCCGGCAGCAGUUCUACAUCAUCUGUGCCAUCACGCUCAACCACCUGCUGCUUCGAAAAGACAUGUGCUCCUGGAGUAAAGGAUUACAGAUCAGGUACAAUGUCUGGCAGCUGGAGGAGUGGCUGACGGAGAAGGAUAUGGCAAACAGUGGCGCCAAAGAGAUGCUGGAGCCCCUGGUUCAGGCGGCACAGCUUCUGCAGAUCAAGAAGAAGACAGAGGCGGAUGCACUGGCCAUCUGCAACAUGUGCACGGAACUCACUCCACUACAGAUUGUGAAGAUUUUGACAUUGUACACACCGGUUAUUGAAUUCGAAGAGCGAGUGUCCACUACUUUUAUAGACACAAUGAAAGAUUUUCUAAAAGACAGAGACAAGUCGCCUACUUUGAUGAUGGACACGAAGAAGAUUUUUAAUGUUACCAUUCAGUUUACCACUUCCUCUGUGGCCUUUGACAGUAUUCAAAUCCCCUCCAGCUUCAAUUUGGGCUUUCUUACGCGCAUCUAG